AUGACUGGACGCGGCAAAGGAGGAAAAGGUCUCGGCAAGGGCGGUGCCAAGCGCCAUCGCAAGAUCUUGCGUGAUAACAUCCAAGGCAUAACCAAGCCUGCCAUCCGACGUCUCGCCCGCCGUGGCGGUGUCAAGCGUAUCUCGGCCAUGAUCUACGAAGAAACCCGUGGUGUUCUGAAGACCUUCCUCGAAGGCGUCAUCCGUGAUGCUGUCACCUACACUGAGCACGCCAAGCGAAAGACUGUCACCUCCCUCGAUGUCGUCUAUGCCCUCAAGCGACAAGGCCGAACUCUUUACGGUUUCGGUGGUUAG